UUCGACUGUCAAACAUCGCGCGCGCACCUCUAAAGGAGUUUAAUUUUGUUUGUGAAGAAUUUUUAACGUGAUGGAGAAGGAGCACCAACCCGACUCCAUGGCCACCAUAACUAUGAAACCCGAGUAUCCGCCGUCUGAAGUGUACAGCGCAUCGGAACCGCCACCGGCGUACCGGCAGCGCGUGUCAUCCUCAGUACAAAUUGCGAGAAUCGCGGCGCUGACGGUGGUGGCUGCCUCAUUCAUCUUGGGAGCUUUCAUCUUGGCCUCGAGCUGGGUCGCGGCGAGAUCAUCGUGCCAUCAGCUAGAGCAGCUCGACGCCAUGUUGGAUAAGGAGCUGGCCUUAGAGGGUAGAGCGUAUGGAAAUGACGGAUUACUGCCGGACGAGCCACUGCCGGUAGCUAAUGCACAUGCUCUACAUGGUGUGCCUCCACCAUUAGCAUCAACGACGACAUCACAGUCAAAUCAGCCUCAAGCAUCAGACAGCCAAGUUAAAGAUGAUGCGCUGAAUCAGGCGGAGUCCAAGGUUGAUGAGGAUAAACUACAGAAAAUUGACGACAAAAAUGAACCAGCGACUUCUAGCAGUGAAGAAAGUUCAGAAUCAGACAGUUCCGCAGAAGACGAAGAAGAACUUGAUGCUAUCAGACCCAUGUUUAAGCUUCCCAUACAGUUCGAUCUCGAUGAGCUUGCUGGCGCCUUCCUGGCUAACAAUCAGAAAGGUCGUAUGAACUGCGUGGUGGAACGCCGUCACGAUGAUCCAAUGGAGCGGCGAUUCCCCUUCAACAUCCUUGGUGCCUUUGCUCCACGCAACGCCCACGCUGAGAGAGUCGCCAUCAUUUGUCAUGGUGGAGAUGAACCCAGAGCAAUGGGCAACUUCCCGGAGCCGCAAUCACAAGUAUUCGCGUUCCCGUUAUCUGGGCCCGCGCGGCUGCCGCUGCGGCCUCAGGAGCGUGCCCCGGCCUCCGACGCCCUUAUCCCACCUCCUUUCGGCCCCAUGCGCCGCCCAGCACCUUUCCCCCUCCCGAUGCCUUGGGAUUCGUCUGAAGAGCAGAUGGGGGCACCACGUGAGAUGCGUAUCCAUGUACAACGGGUGAUCGCUAUCCCAGCACCCCACAACAUGCCCCCGCCCCCUGAGAACAUGGGCCCCUUCGCACCUCCACCGCCACCCCCGCAACAACACCAACAGAACGAGCAGGCUUCUGUUCUUCACCAAUUCGUGCCUCAGCCCGCCCCUACACAAGAGUUGGAGCAACCUGAAGUACAGAAGAUACAGAUGGAUGGCACCCCUGUCCACAUGAACUUGCCAUGGGAACUGACACCUGAAGAUAUCCACGUGAUCCACCGCACCGCCCAGGACGCCGCCGCAAGUCAACGCCGGGAACAACAGGCCGACAACGACAUGCAAGAGUAUCCUUUGUUACAGGUCAAAACCAUAGUGAACACGCUCGCGGCCGCCGUAGAGGCUGACGCAGAAGCUCAGGCUCAGGCCGAGGAGAGGCACAGGCAGGAGGCCGCCGAGCCCGCCCCACGCGCCCCCCGCACCCUCCUAUUGCCUCAAGAUAUGGACGAAAGGCCCCACUAUAUGCAACCUCGUUCUGUGCGCAGUGUUGACAGCUUGCUGCAAAAUGAAAAGCGCGUCAAGCGCUGCGCUUGCAGCUGCGACUAGGCAACUUAGAAGAUGCUAGCGCGGCAGCGGCUUGCUGGCAUUGGCACCGCAAUCCGUCCAUAAAAUCUCAAUCUUUUUGUAACAAAAUAGUUGUUAAAACACAAUUGUUUGUGGUUGUGUUACCGCUUGAAUAUUCUGUAAAUAAAGUUGUUAAUUCCUCCGCUUUGAAUAUAUCUUUUUUUUUUAUUUCCAAACAAAACAUUAAUAGUAUAUAUUUAUUAAAAUUAUGUUUGUUAAAUAAUGAUAAUAUUAAUGAAUAUCGUUUUGGUAUUUGCAAUAAACAUAUUAUGAUAAAUGCGUAAAUUUUGUCAAGUGUUUUAAAAACGGUAGGUAAUUUUAACGCUAGGACUUUCUGUUAAGAAACAGCAAGAAGUAUUAUGUGCAUUACGAUCUUUUGUAUUUAACGAUAAAUUUUAUUUACAAAAUUGUUUCUUUGGAUUUUCAAGGUGACUUCAAUAAUUAUAAAUACUUGGACUUCCGAUAAGGCAACUGCAUUUAUUUCUUAAACAAAUUUGUUAAUGCCUAUAAGGGCCUACCAAAAACUAUCAGAACUUGUGAUACUGUCAUAUAAAAUUUAAUUUACAAUAAAUUGUAAUCCUAAAUUAAAUUUUUAUUAGUUU